CCACAGCCGGACUACUAGCACCACCACCGCUGCUGCUGCUGCCGGGGACAGGGACAUGUGGACGGCGCGUCCGUACGUGGCCCUUUAAGAAACUCCAUGUUUUCUCUACACGGUGCGUCAACAUAAAAAAAAAAGAAGCCGACGAUGCUUGUUAUGUAAAAACACGCUGAAGUGACUCGUAGUGUCGCGGGAGCUCUGUGGAACAGUGGCCACGCGUGGACCCCGUGUCGUGGUUUUCAAAAGUCAGUUGAGUUUAGCAGCGGAGCAGCGCAGUCUCGAGCGAGGAAGACGAAGAAGAGGAAGAAGAGGAAGGGGGAAAAAAAACAAACCAACAACCCAGAAAGGCUUCACGCGACCAACUCAACAUGAGUCCAGUGUGUUUUGCGGGACGUGUACACCUGACACAUCACCCACUCACACUGUGGACGUGAGUUCUGGUCUCGCUGUGUUUUCUACCCCACUUCAAAAACGAGCUUGUCUGGACCCAUCUGAGGAUCCAUGACGAUGUUGACUGAAGGCCCUCUCUGAGCAGAGACACGCAGAGGAAGUGGUGUAUCCUCUCCCAGACGCUGAGACCAUGGUGAAAGCCCAGCGGAGCCAGCUGCUAAAAUGCAGGAAGCCCCACAAGGAGAAAGCAAGCAAGAGAGAAGGUGUGAAGAAGAGGAAGGAAAGGAAGAAGGAGCUGAAAAGCAAGACAAGGAACGUUAAGAAAGAUUCACACCAGCAUCGGAAGAAGAUACUGGCGGUGGGCGACGGAGAGGCACUCAACUGUUGCGUCCUGCUCACCCGUCUGGAGGAGAAAGGUGUUCUGGGUAAAGAGAAGUAUGCACCAAAAGCUGGGAGACAAAAGAGCGUCAGAGGCAAAAAGAAGCUUCACUCCAGCUCCGUUCAAAGAAAGACCAAAUCCGGACUGAAGAAAUCUUCCACAGCCCAUCGAAAAGCACUGGAACCAAAAAUCAACCGAUCUGGCGCCUUACUCACACCUGUCCUCGAGCCCCGCCGGCGGAGAAUGGCCUCUCUCAACGCUGAGGCCGUCAACAGCCUGUUGCUUGACAGAGACAAUUCCUCGACCGCAAAUCUCACGAAGAAGCGGCAGACCUCGAACGAAGGUCCAGCUAAAGACGGACCCGCUAAAACUGAGCGUGGAUCGAAAAAGGUUUCUUCAGGAGGAAAAGCGGCCCUGAAAGAAAAGCCUAAAAAACCGAAGCGGGCACCAGUGGAAAUCGACUGGCUUAGUUUAUUAACGCCGACCCCCCGGCGUCAGGCCGGCCUCACUGCUGCAACACUGCUCAGACUCACCAGUGCCCAAUAUGGAAACAAACGGCAAAAGAAGUCGGAGUCCAAACCAGGGAGCGGAGGUGAAACGGCAGCCACGACUCAGAGUGAGAUCAGCGGUAAAUCUUUGUGUGGAGGAACAAAGCAGACCAAAAGAACAAUGCAUCCCAAACACGAGGAGCCACUGAAGCACAAACAGGGUACAGAGGAUGUGGUCCAUCCCCAACUGGGGCCUAACAUCCAGGGAUGCUGUAGUUUAUGUAAGACAGAGGCUUUGGAUCCUGAGUGGAAAGAAUCCACAGGGGGACAAGAGUGCCUCAGACAUACUCUCUACUGCGGCUCUGCUCUGGGAUUCCCCUUAAAAACAAUCAAAGAGGAGCAGGUGGAGACCAAGGUGUCUUCCUGCUACUGUUGCUCCCAGGAGAGGUGUGUCGAGUACUGUCACAGACUAGCCCUCUUCCUGAAGGACAAGCCCUUCAAGGAACCGCAGGACGGCUCGCCGUCCGACGUGUUCCACCACCAUCAUCACCACCAUCACCAUCACCACCACCAUCUCCAGCCUCCUCACCCAGCAGCCAUAACCAUCAGCCCACACACGUACACCUGUUUCCCCGGGUACUACGUCCACUUCAGCCACCCGGACGCCUCACCCACUCCUCCUCCCGUGUCGCCCCUGGCCUUGUGCCCAAGGGGUGGAAAGAGACUCAAACUGCUGCCCAGCACAGGUCCACAGCCCUCAGGGAUUAGCCAUCCGGUCUACUGCUGCACCUCAGUGGAGGCCUGCUGCGGAGAGACCUGCAGGAUCAACAGCUACUCCACGUAUACCAGUGUGAUCCCAGCCAUCACCAGAGGAGGGUGCUCCUUCAACCCCACAGACUGCACCAACUGUAACCUCAGCAUCAAAAGAGAUGACUACUCGCCGACCCUCAACGACCACCACGGCCCCUCCUCCAUCCCCAUCACCCACGGUCCCAGAGUCCUCACUGGCUGUCCCGUCCCCACUGUGCCUCCAGCCGGUCAGUCGGUGCCCCGCGUUCAGACGCCGCUGUCCGACCCCAGCCAGCCGCAGCCUCUACUGCAGGUGGCAAAAGAGAGUCCGCAGAGUGCCAAGCCCCCCAGCGGGUCGAGGUCUGGCGCGCGCGGUGGAAGCGGCGGCGGCUCAGCUGUCUGCCCUCUCAACAGAGAGAAGAAACAGAAGCUCGGCUAUCCCGGUGUCAAAGAGCGACUGGUUGCCAAUCAGCCGAAGAAGGGCCGCCAAAAAAACACCAACGGCUGGCGGCCAGUUGGCCUGUCCUUUCAGAAGGAGGUUUUCUCCGUGGGAGAGGAGGCUCUUGUGCUGAGGAAGUGUUUCGAGGGAGUCCAGAGGGACGGGGAGCUGAUUCGGGUCCGAGACGCCGUUCUGCUGAAAUCUGGACCCAGGAAGAAGUCUCUGCCCUUCGUGGCCAAGAUUUCCGCUCUGUGGGAAGAGCCUGAGUCAGGAGAGAUGAUGAUGAGUUUGUUUUGGUACUAUCGUCCAGAGCACACACAGGGGGGACGCAGCGCCGGCAUUCAUUGUGAGAACGAGGUCUUUGCUUCCCGUCACCAGGAUGUGAACAGUGUGGCCUGUAUUGAAGACAAAUGCUAUGUCCUCACACUGGCACAGUAUUGUCGAUUCCGUGCCUUGUUAAAACGCCGCGGGGAAGGUGUCCACGACAGCGCCGCCGCCCUCGUGGUGCCGCCCAUCGUUGGCAACGCCACGCCCACCCACCACUGUGUGCCCGACGACACCAACCCGGAGCUGGUGUUUUUCAGUCGACACGUCUACGACUUUCGCUACGGACGCCUGCUCAAGAACCUGCAGUAGCACCUGACGGGACAUGUGACGUGAGCUAAUGCUACUCGGGUUUCAUCCUUCACAACUUUGAAUAUGCCGCUUUUCCACGACAUGGUCCCGCCGUGACUCGGCACAGUGCGGCAAGGUUAUUUUGCUUUUCCAUUAGUGAUAGUACAUGAUAAUUUUUUUUAGUACCUGGCGAGGUUCCAAGCGAGCUGAGCUGAUACUAUGCGUGGCGUCGCCAGAGUGUCGUUACUGGAAGAGGCAUGAGCGCGACGUCCGAGACAAGAAUCAAACCGAACAAUGCCGAACUGUAGAUCAGUUAAAACGUGCGUUAAUCUCCAACAUUUAGCAAUGAAAUGCCUAAAAUGUCAAUAUUUAACAGAGGAGUCUGGUGUAUUUAGCGACAGCCGCAUCCCAACCCCUGUGUCAGUACUGAACGAUUCUGUGAACAAACGAUUCUAAUGAUUCAGUACAUGGAAAACAACUGUGAGUAAAAUUAAGUCACGGCAGUUUCACGCAGCCGUGCCGCGAUGACUCCACCCACGUUGAGGUUGAGGAGGUACUGUAUUGUAAUGGAAAACGAGCCGAGGCGAGCUGGGACCAUGUCGUGGAAAAGCGGUGUUGGCUACAAAAACCUACCUGCUGCCUCUGCCUGAGAGGAACUGGAAGUCUAAGAUGAAGAAAAACGAAGAUGAGGUUAUUUUUUUUUCUUUAAAAACAUUGCAACACA